AUGAACUGCUCAUUUAGUAAACAAACAAGGUGUAGCUUCCCGGGCCCUCAUCCUCCGAACUGGAUCAUCCAGUGGCUUCGUGCGAACGAGGUCGAUCUCGCCUUGCCGGCUGGUAGUGUUGCUCGAGUUGCAGGACCUAUCUCUGUGCUUGCUCAUGCUGGCGUUCCUUUUUCGGUCGAUGAAGGAUCAGUUCCCUGUUCUACUUCGACUCGAUCCAAGCAGCAUAGUCCUGAAUACUCUACCAAAUGGUACAAAACCCCUUUGGAUGACAGAUCGCUAGCAAAAGACAUCAAUGGCAUAAUUGUCGCUUGUAAGAAUCUACGUGAGAUUCGUGUUCGUGUGGCGUAUGAUAUCAAGAAGCUGUCUAAGUUUACUGGAGACGGUGGGUCGUCGGAGGAGACCCUGGAAGAUGACCAGCCCAACCCUUUUUACGAUUCUGAUUCUGAGCAUGGUGAUGAUGAUACUGGUUCGGCGGAUGCCAGAUCGGAGAAUGAUGGAUUGGAGGUUAAUUCUGUCAAUUUUGCUCUCGGUGUUGGCUCUGUCGAUCUGAAUUCGGAUGUUAUUGAUUCUGAUAAUGUUGAUGGUGGCGAUGUUGAUUCAGAUGUGGACACAAGUCAUAUUGACAAGUAA